CUAGCAUCAUGGUCGAUAGCGACGACUACCGAUACAAAGCUUCAGUAACGAGUCGAAAGCUCAGGAAAGAGCUUCAGUCAACAAACACGUUUCCAUUAUAGUCAUACUCGUGAGUAAUAUGUGCCAACAACGCGAUUUUUCGGUUCGUCAGACGAGGCUACACCUGAAAAUGUGAAAUUUUUUUGGGUGAUCGUUGCUAGUAGGAAAUUAGACAACGCAGAGAAAUGAAGGUGGGUGCUUGGCUCGGUGAUCGCGAAACGCUCCGGAGAGAUGGUCUGGUUCUCUUCAGCAAGUUGAUACGGACGAAGAAUGUCGAGAGCCUGCAGGAACAAAGCAAAUCGGCAAGAACGGACGAUCGCAAACAAAAGCUCACGAAAUGCCUGACGACGCUGGACCUGACGUCCCUGGGAGUCGGAAGCUGCGUGGGUACGGGAAUGUACCUCGUGGCAGGAAUGGUGGCCAAGCACUACGCCGGCCCCGGUGUAGUCAUCAGUUUCGUCAUCGCCGCAGUAGCUAGCAUAUUUUCAGGAGCAUGUUACGCCGAGUUCGGCGUAAGGGUGCCACACACGACAGGCUCGGCAUACAUGUACUCGUACGUGACCGUGGGCGAAUUCAUCGCUUUCGUGAUUGGCUGGAACAUGAUUCUAGAAUAUUUGAUCGGAACGUCAGCAUGUGCUUGCGCGCUUAGUGCCUGUUUUAAUGCAUUGGCAAAUGGAGCAAUUAAGGAGGCUGUUGAGACGAGCAUCGUCGGCAAUAUAUUCGGCCGAGCGCCGGAUUUCCUGGCGUUCGUCAUAACCCUCUUGAUGAUGCUCCUUUUGGCAGCCGGGGUGAAAAAAUCGCUCAUAUUCAACAACGUCCUCAAUGCCAUCAAUUUAGCAGUUUGGGUGUUCGUCAUGACCGCCGGCCUUUUCUACGUUAAUACGGAUAACUGGACCAAGCACGACGGGUUUUUGCCAAAAGGAUGGUCGGGGGUGUUUACUGGAGCUGCGACUUGUUUCUACGCUUUCAUCGGCUUCGAUAUCAUAGCAACAACGGGGGAGGAAGCCACAAAUCCGAAAAAGUCGAUACCUCUUGCUAUUAUAACGAGUUUAGGCAUUAUACUGACAGCUUACGUUACAAGUUCCAUGAUGUUAACGCUAAUAGUUCCCUACGACAAGGUCGACGAGAAUUCCGCCUUGGUCGAAAUGUUCGGCCAAGUCGAAGCUUACAAAUGUAAAUACAUCGUGGCAGUCGGAGCCCUGGCCGGUCUCACAGUGAGUAUGUUCGGCUCCAUGUUCCCCAUGCCCCGAAUUAUUUACGCAAUGGCUCAAGACGGAUUAAUUUUCAAAGUAUUUUCUCAAGUCUGGCCGAGCACGGGAACCCCGGCUUUAGCGACGUUCAUUAGUGGUUUGGCAGCCGGUGUUGCUGCUCUUUUUAUAAGGUUAGAAAUCCUCGUAGAAAUGAUGUCGAUAGGUACCCUUUUAGCUUAUACGUUAGUCUCGACGUGUGUCCUAAUACUGAGGUAUCAACCCCACUCUACGAAUUUAGUAGAGUUGUUGCCUCAGAGUUUGAGAACUCCGUUGAGGGGAUCUCCAACUAAAGAGGGGCUCAGUCAGAAUCCUAGCGGACAAGGGUUGUACGGCAACCAACUCCAUCCGGACGCCCUGAAGCAAGCGAUUGACGCGAACCUUGGACCGCCGAUUCCCUCGCCGGCACCCUCGCCCAUACCCAACCAAACCACGCAGAGAGUGAUGGUGAGGAGGGUCACAAGAAGUUCACCUGACAGCGAUGACACUUUCGGUGCCGACGAGCAAGAGGAGGACUUCUCCAUGAGGGACGACCAAUUCCUGGUCUCCGACAGAACGGAAAACAAGUUCUAUGGGACCCUGCAUGGUGCGGGCAGCGCCACCAGCACCGGAGGCGUCGUCGGCUCCACCGUGGGCCCCAGUUUAGGCUACAUCGGCCGCAGACUCCAGGCGGCCACCUACCUAUGCCCCGCGAUUUUCCCAUGGGUCGACACCGGUCCCGCCACCGAAGAAUCCGGCAUGUUCGUAAUGAAAAUGGUCGGUUGUUUAUACUUGUUGAUAAUAGUUUUUGACCUCAUAAUAGUGUGUGGCAUGCACAAUAUGACCGGAACGUUAACGUUCUUCUGUUUCCUGUUUUUAUUCGCGAUUGUGGGCGUCCUGCUGGCCAUAUCAAGGAAGCCGCAGAACAGAAACACUUUGAUGUUCAUGACGCCGGGUUUGCCUUUCGUUCCAGCAGUGGCCAUCACUGUCAACAUUUAUUUGAUCUUUAAGUUGUCGAUUUUGACCUUGGUGAGGUUCACCAUAUGGAUGACGCUGGGUUUCAUCAUGUACUUUUAUUACGGGAUUACGAACAGCACGCUGGAAGAAGGUGACGGGGAUCAAAAUAUCGAGUUGACCGUGACUGAUCAUGAAAAGCCCAAGUUUAAUAACACGGAGCCGAGCAUUUUCAGCCAAGAGCAACCCACGUACGAUUGGGACCCCAAAGUGGCCUGGGAACCGCCGUCUUGGGCCCAGCAGCCCACGCAGCAAUACCAAGUCGAGCAGCAGUACAAUGUAGAAACAAAUAAUACACGAUCGGUAAUUAACAGGUCGAAUCCAACAUCGACGAGUUCUAGUCUUUUCGUGAGCGAUCCCAAUGCUUUCCCCACAUGGGACGACUAGUGAGAUUUUAAGAAGCGCGAAUUUGUUAUCCUGUUAUUGAAAAAAUGGUUGUUAUAACGUAUAGUUAAAAUGGACUAUCGGACUGAAGUUUUCAAUUAUUGGUAGUAUAGUUAUGGUUUUUCAACAACAGCUUAUCGUAUAUUCUAAAACCGAGUGGUGUGGGCAGAUUUCAUUUAUUUGAUGCACAAAUUCAAAGCACACGUUGGUUUUUGAGUACUGUCCAAAUUUUCCUACAGUUUUGAAUUAAAUUUCGACUUUUGAGGUUGAGCGUCUGUCUGUCUGAACCGGUGUAAAUUUAUCUUCCGUUUUGUCGCGGGACGAUGCAACAUAUCAAGAAAUAUCACGGUACUGAAACUGGAAAACAACCCUUUUAUUAAAAUGAAGCGUUUGAACUGAACGGAAGACAUAUCACCGGAAUUUCACUCUACUUUUUGACAGUUGUUGAACAGAGUGAGACUUAAGAAAUACGGUACUGAAACUGAAAAACAAACCUUUUAUUAAAAUAAAGCGUUUGAACUGAACGGAAGACAUAUCGCCGGAAUUUCACUCUCCUUUUUGACAGUUAUUGAACAGAGUGAGACUUAAGAAAUACGGUACUGAAACUGGAAAACAAACCUUUUAUUAAAAUAAAGCGUUUGAACUGAACGGAAGACAUAUCGCCGGAAUUUCACUCUACUUUUAACACUUAUUGAACAGAGUGAGACUUAAGAAAUACUACUGGCGUUUCUUUGCAAAUACUCAUUGUAAAUAACGGUGAUACAAUUUAGAUAUAUAUUGUUUUUCUCAUUAUUCUUGUUGCGAUUUGUUACGAAGUUGCCUAAAGAUACAGGGUGGACGACACGAUCUUAAAACUAAACUGUUAGGUUGUGAUGUAGGUAAUUAAGAUCUAUCUGCCUUUAAUUUGUCUCAGCGUUUCGAUUUAAACACCCUGUAUACGUAUGAGAUGAAAAUUUUUGAACGGGUUUUGUAGCGACAUCAAUUUUCUCGGUAGUACGUGACGACGAAUCUUUGUCAAAAUGUAACGAUGUGUCCAUGAUUAUCAUGACUUCCAAUUUCUGAAAAAACCCGGUUACGUUAUUUUUCUGUUGGUCGGUCUUCCUUGGGUAAAAAAAAUCGCCGCCCCUCCCUUGUCCCCUUCACAAGAGCGGAAGUCACUUUCACCAUGGAGACAAAUUUUAAAUUGGUGAUAUAAACGGCACAAUUUACUCUAGUAUCAAAAGUAAUAAAAAUGCUCCCAGUACUUUCGGAACCCACUCGUUUUGCAGUUACAAUGUGUUUGAUAAACCGCCACCAUCAGUAUUACUGAACUGCUGAAAUUGUUUCGUGGCUCAUGCCGCUUCUUUACUUUUCACAAGAUUUAAAUAGAUGUGCGAUCCAUACAUUAAGUGCUGUAUUAUAUUAACUUGAUUAAAGUGGGCUAACCUGUUGUAAAUAGUUUUACGUUAAAAUGAAGCAAAACUAAAUGUUGCAAAAUGUUCUAAACAUACCAAAGAUGUAUAAAGCACGUAUUUAAAUGUUGAUAGCUUGUUAUUGAUAUUCUCAUUUCGGUUAUGUUCGACACGCCUUUGUAAAUACACAGGACUGAUUAAAAUCUGUAUUAAAAUAUUUCACAUACGUCAGUGCCUGGAUUUAAGGAUUGCGUAAGAUUUCUUUACGAUUACAUUCCAACGCAUUUAUCAUAAAAUGAUUCUUUUUUUUUCGAAGCCUACGUUUCCGAUUUUCGACAAUAACGAUACGUUUCUUCCUUUUUUUUUUUCCCAUGUUACUUACCACCACAUAUUUGUUCCAUGCGUAGUCAACAUGACAAUAAGUUCCUGCGUCUCUUCCCUCCACAAACAUAUCGACAGUUUUGUGAUAAAUGCGUGGCCAAACUUUGUUACCUUAACGGUGAAAAUGAUAUACAUUACUGAUUAUAAUUGUUUUGUUGUAAGCAAUGUGAAAACGUGUAUAAACAACGAAAUGUUUUUUUCUUCAAAGAAAAUGAAAACGUUUAUACAUGUUCGACUGCUUGAAAUUUACCGUAUGUUGAUUUCGACGUUUUCGUUUCGUAAUUGUAAAGGGUUACAUUUGUAAAAUAAGUAAUCAUAGUGAUAUCUUGAUGUUAUUUCUUCCGAUAUAUACAUAUUAUAUAAGUAUGUUUUAGACAUUUAAAAUGUUAUUUGAUGAUAUUCAUUGGAAAUAAAUAAUUUCAGCAUUGAUUGACCGUCUGUGUUAAUUUUACGGCCUUUCCUGACCAAAAAAAUCCGUCACUCUUAUAUAUCCUAUUUAUUAAUUUAAAUAGCAUCAGUCAUACAUACCCACAGAACUACUUUAUAAAUUGAAUAUGAAAUUAUGUUAUUACAUUCGACAUUUACCUAUGCAAAUCUAUUUUUUCUUUAUAUAAAACAUACUAAAA